AUGGUCGCAGCCAGCUUUGAUGAGGACAGCGCGGGGGCGGUGUAUACCUGGGGCUGCGGACAGAAUGGGCGACUGGGCUACGAGGCUGCCUCACAAGGUCUGCCGCAGGCAGUGCCGUGGCUGACCCAGGAGCUUGGAGAUUUCUUGUCCGAUCGACUCGGCCAGAAGACGUCGUCGAAUGCUGACGCAGGCACCCCUACGCUGCGAGCCUCGCCUCCACCGCGUCCCUCCAGGAGGUUACCACAGCGCAUCACGCAGGUGAGCUGUGGCCUACGUCACACUGCUCUGAUCUGCCAGGGUUCUCUAGUAUGUUUCGGUGCAGAUGACUAUGGACAGCUGGGUCGAGCCGGUGAGGAAUUGACGAGGCCAAAGCUGCCUCCUUUCGCUUCCUGCCCCAAAUUGGAGGUGCCGGAUGGUGCGCGGACGAAAGAGGUCUGCGCGCGGCGUAUAAGCUGCGGGCCAUUGCACACUGCAGCUGUUUGCUCCCAGGGGUGCGUGCAUAUCUGGGGGAUCGACCUGCGCAAGACGAAUGACCCCGGUGCGAAGGCACCGCGAAGAGGGCCUCAGCCAGUGUCGGAAUUUGGACCUGAGAGGCCAGUCGUGGCACUCGCUUGUGGUGCUCAUUUCGUUGUUUGCUCCGCCGAGGUAGCGCUACCUCGGCCGGACCCAGAGGAGAACCCAAACGUGUCGCAGGAGGAUGUCUUGCUGGGCUUCUGUGAUGCCAACUCACCAGGUGUUGGCAGUUCAGUGACAUCCUGGAGGCCGGCCCACCUUCCGCCAAAGGCGGAGGAGGAGUCCGAGCACCAUCGUAGCCUCGUUCGUGCCUUGGAGCGCAACGUGCAGAGGCGGCUUCUUCAAGAGCAGCGCGAGGAGCAGCAGAGACGACAACGAGAAGAACGUCGAGAGCGCCGUCUGCAGGAGCACACCGACGUUUGGCUUCACGAGCUUCUUCCCAGCUUUGUUCCAGGCAUGGAGCCGACGCAGCGCAUGCAACGCCUUUGGCGCCAGGGCUUGCCCCCACGCGUCCGCGAGGUUGUGUGGCCAGUGGCAAUUGGAAAUGUGCUGCGAAUAACCCCGGAACUUUUCGAGAUCCACAAGCAGCGCGCAGUGGACGCUCGAAGAGCCCAGGUGACGGCCUCAAACGUGCUUAUCACUCUUACUGAUGCGCCACCACAUCGUGGCCGAGAGCAAAGCACAACCUGCAUUCCCUUUGAUCUGCCACGAACUUUUCCAACGUUGGCCUUCUUCAGCGAGGGCGGUCCUCUUCAUGAAGACUGCGCACGGAUUCUGGAGGCAUACACUUUCUUCCGGCCAGAUAUCGGCUAUGUGCAGGGCAUGAGCUAUCUGGCGGCCAUGCUGCUCCUCUACUUGCCGCCAUACGAGUCCUUCGUUGGCUUGUGCAACUUGCUGAACACGCCCUCCGUACUCGGACUUUAUCGCCUUGAGCCCCGUGCAGUUGCUUGUCGGGCACGCGUGUUCGAGCAGUUGUGUUCGCAGCAGCUUCCCGAUGUGUGCAGAUGCAUUCGAGAAGUCGGACUCAUGCCAGAGAUGUUCCUCAUCGACUGGUUCUUGACCGUGUUCGCGAAGUGCUUGACUGUCGAUGUCGCUUCGGUGGUGUGGGACCUCUUUCUGCUGGAUGGCGAGGUUGUCCUGUACUGCACGGCCAUCGCCAUACUGCGCAUUCUGGAGUUCCAGCUGCUGCAUCCGGAUGGCCGUCGGGGCUUGAAUGCGGCAGAGCCUGAUCUCGAGAGCUGCACGCGGGUCCUGAACGAGGAGCUGCGGAAGCGCGUGAGCGACCCCGAUGAGCUCCUGUGGCACAUCGCACAGGUGAGACGAAGGGCUCCCCAGCGCAUCUUUGGCGAGAUUCGAGCCAUCGAGAACAUGGAGUUCGGCAGCCAGGGAAGAGUGUCGACACGAGGUUCCAUUGCUAGUGCAUUGACGGGCGCAUCGUUCCUCACAGCAGCCAAAGAGCGCAUUCUCUCCCGUUUGCUGCCUUGA